GAGGGAAAGGGCUGUGAACUUCUGAAGUGGGAAGCAGGGAUUGGGGCAGGGACCAUCUGCCAGGAUCUCAGUGUCGGUGCUGACAGGCCUGCACCUGGCUCCCGGCUGUGCUCAGCCCCGGCCCGUGCUGGCUGUGCAACCACUGGCUCAGGCCCCCUCGGAAUGGCAGCGCUGCUCCUGCUGCCUGUCAUCCGCUCGCUCAUCUCCUUCCGUGCUGGCAGUGGUGUGACUGCUUCCCAGGGCUGCUGAUCUUCAUCACCCAGAGAUCUGCCGUUCCCACUCCCAAGCGUGUCCUUGGCACUGGCAGCAGCAUCCUUCCUCCCUUCUGCUAUGCCCGACAGCCGCAGCAAGCCCGGUGCUGGUGUCCCUGCCGUGAUGGUGGUGGCAUCCCUCCCUUCUCCUCGCUGCAGCUCUGAUGUCCUCCUGCCAUGCCGAGGCCCGUGGGCUGUUUCAUGCCCUUUGCAGCGCCCGGCAGGGCUGGCUUCCUGCUGCUAUCUUCCAACACACAGCCCUACCUCCCCUCCCAUCCGUCAUCUCUUCCUUACCUGUAUUACCCAUUUUUAGCUCUCUGUUACUCCUACCCCUGCUUGCUGGCACUUCUCCUGCUCAUUUCCCACUGGCUUUCCUUCCUGCCCUUGCCUCAGGCACUCGCUGCUGGAGGUGGGCUUCGUGGGAUGAGGAGUAGACCCCAGCCCCCCAAGCCCCUUCUCCAUGCUGCUGCCCCUUGCUCAGGGUCCUGUGCUCCCCCAGGCUCCCAGCAUCAGCACGGGAAGCUCUGAGCACAGCAUCCAGCCUGACCUCAUCUCACCCUGGCCAUGGACAGGGCAUGGGAGGGGAGCUAGACCCUCACCUUCGGCUGCCCCUACUCUUACUGCUGUCCCCACGCCUGCCCCAAAGCAAAGGCAAAACGCAGAUGUGUGGAAUGGCACAGUGUUGGCCCUGGCUGUGCUGUGAACGGGGUUGGGGCCUCCUGUAGUGAUAUCUGUGCUGGGCUGGGUUUCACGGGGUCUAUGGGGAUACUUGGGUGCUGAAGUGUGCACCUGAAUGGGAAAGACUGAGGCUUUCCCCAGGAUAUUUGGAGAAGAAAGCUAAUGUGUGGGGUGAGGGAUAUGCAGGGCUCUGGGGGGAUGUGGCAGAUGGCCUCUGGGCUGUGGGGCUGGGAAUGGCAGUGGGAUGGCGUCAGGAGGACAUGUGGGGUCCUGCAGAUAGCCAGUGGUGUCCCUCCAUAUCCCCCAAAGAUAUCCACAUUUCCACAACCCUGGGCACGGCUCCAUGGUGGUACAGGAGGAUUUUGUGUCAGCUGGGCCCAACCAAAGGGGCAGAGAAGCUUUCACAGUGCUGGCAGUGUGGCACACAGCAGUGCAGGGCACUGGGUCAGAAGGACAACAGUGCCUGUACCGGGGCCACUGUGGGGCUGCAGGCUGAGGCCAGCACUGGGCUGGCAUAGGGCUGGCAUGGCCUUGCAGCCUCCUGCCUGUGCUGGGCUUCAAAGAAUCACAGAAUCACAAGUUGGAAAAGAUCCAUAAGGAUCAUGGAGUCAAAUGCUGACUCCACACAGAACCGCCUAAAAAUCAGAACAUAAAAAAUCAGAAUCUAUGCCCACAGCCAGGGCAAACCGAGGUGCUCGCCAUGGCCGUGAUCACACAUGGUUACUCAGCCUGAACUCCAACUCUAACCCUGACCCCAAACCUAAUCCUAACUCUAACUCUAACCCCAACCCUAACCCGAACCCUAGACCUAGCCUUAAAUCUGUAACCAUAACUUUAACCUAACCCCAACCCUAACAUUAACCCUAACCAUAACCCGAACCACAACCACAACCAUAACCAUAACCGUAACUCUAACCCUAACAUUAACCAUAAUCAUAACCAUAACCAUAACCAUAACCAUAAACAUAACCAUAACCAUAACCUCAGCGCAAGAGCUCACAAAGCCUUUCUCUUCCCUGCAAAGCUGUUUUUUUCUUUUUUUUCCCCCAGAAUGUUUCAAGCUAUUUAUUUUUUUUAUUCCAUUUACUCAUAUGUUGUUUUUUGCAGUCAGUACCAUGGGAAAGGGAGUGGGCAGUAAGUGGGGAUCGCAGGUCUAUGGGAAAUCCCCACAGCUCGGUGUGCUGGCCAUUGCAAAAUAGAUUGAAAGCCAAAACUCAGGUAUUUCCUGGAGAAGAGAAAAUCUGAAGGGUACUGAAUGGCCUCAGUGGGAAACAUUUGGAAAAACUCAAAAAAAAAAAAUUGGUUUGAAAUCGUUGUAUUGCUUUGCAUCUAAAAAGAAGUUAUAAUAAUACAUAUAAUAAUACAGAAAUAGUGCAGUAGAGUGAAAUAUUGAGAGUAUAUACACUGAGGCGCAGAAGCGAAAACAUUCAUGUGAUAUUUUAUAAGACAUCACGUAUCAAAGUUAAAUAAUAGAAAACGAAAUAUCUUCGCUGUGUUGAAACAGGAUGGGAAGAGCAGAAAUUGCCACAAUUUUGAGCUUGGUGCGCGCGCGACAGAAUUGUGUUUUCUGCCGGAAAAUGGCACUUCACAUCCCGCUGUGGGGCUGGGGUCUGCUCCCACUCACUGUAGGGCUGACACGGGUGGGGGACCUCGGGGUUUUAGGGCAUGUAGGGAGUGUGGGGAAUGGUGUGAGGCGUAGGACUGAGCAACAUCACCUCCGAAAUGGCUGAAUGUGCGGGAGGAGGGAAAACGUGUGGCAGGGGAGAGGGAAAAAAAAGGAAGAAUUGGAAAAAAUAAAUAAGUAAGGUGGGGUUCGGGAUUUGUGCAAACAGAGGGGAGAGGGAGCGUGGCCACGGGUGAUGGAGAUCCUCGCUGGUGGUGAUGGAGGAGGUGGAGGAGGAUGGGAAACCCAACGUUUCCCUUCGCCUCCGCAAUCGGGGCCGCCGUGCGGCGCCGAGGAGGGUUUGUGCCAAUCUCCUCUGCUAAUCUCCCGAUUGUAAUCUCAUUAAUUGCCCCUCUGCUCAAACAGAAAAAAAAAAAGAAGAGGUAAAACUCAUCCGUGCCUUUAUUCAGAGCUCCUUUGCUAACCCUUCUGCGGCAACGCCGAAGUCGGGGCUGCGGGCAAGCAGAGCACUGAAAGGCAGAGGAAAUCCUUUUGCAGUUGUGAAAAGACUUUGAGGAUGCUCUGUUCCUUAGCGGGAAUAGGAAACGAGAGGGUUUUGGUCUAUGCCGACUUCGGGUGGUGGUGGCGGGGAUGGAGGGGCAUCGCUCCGAGGUGGGGAGCGGAUUCAGGUUGAGUUUAAAAAAUAGAAAUAAAUCAGGUUUUUCAAGGCGUCAUUUUUUUUGUUUGGGCUCAGAAUGCUGCUAGAAAGCAAAGACUCGUGUGAUUGUCAGCGAGCUCAGGGCGUGCUGCUAUCCCCGCCUUUAUUUCCUCUAUUUGUAGUUUUCCAAACUUCUGGAAAAAUCAAACGCCAACAUUUGCAGGAAAAUUUGCAGUGCACAAAAUGCAGAAAAUGCACUUCCUUUCUGUAUUUUUGGUGUUCUUUUUUUUUUUUUUUUAAACCCACAUCCUCAGAUCUUUAUUUCCCGAGGUCCUGAAGGGCUUUAGGUACAGCGAAAACAAACGGGAGCCCAUUUUGGUGAGGGCAGAAAUGGAUCUGAUAAAUCAAAAUCGAAGUACAGCAGAAAACACGGUCUAUCCCUACAGGGAUGGAAGGAAACAGGGAAGGAAAUUUAUUUAUUUGUUGAUUGCUGAAAAAUUACUGGAGAGAGAGGAAAAAAAAAAUCCGAAAAAAGAAACAGAACAAAACGAAACAAAUGCCUGUAGCUGCUCAGGCAGGAGGGGAGCACCCGGCGUGCGGGAUUUGUGCCGUGAUCCCAAUACCUCCGCUCUUUGUUUCGGUCGGGUCCUGUGCCUCGCUGCAGCCCUCGGUGCUCCUUUAUCUCCCAACGACUCCAUUCAUAUGAUAACUCUAUUCUUGCCCUGACUGUUUUUGAUAGUUGGUUCUCCCAACCCGGGCUGGUAGCAUGACCAACACUCAAAAUUGCUCUUCUGCCCCAGAGAAGCAAUUAACCCGUUCAGCCCUGGGAGUGAGCAAUGGGAUUGUGCAGGUGUAUUUCCUGAAAAAAAAAAAAAAAAAAAGAAAAAGAAAAAAAAGAAAAAAAAAGAAAACAACCAAAAUUCACCCGUUGCACUCAGGUAGGUGUAUGGUACUUAUGGUCAUAAAUAACCACCUACAGGACAUCGUCAUUUACGGAUCUGGUCUGUCCACGCCGAUAAACCCCAAUAGAUUGUGUUUGCCCAGAAAGGUACGCAACAUUUAUCUAAAGUCAGAAAGCAGAACCAUCACUUCCUUUAAUAAUUUGUUCCAAUGGCUCAGUGGUAAAAAUAAUUGGACCUUUUGUGUUUGCUUUUUCUUUUUUUUUUCCCUGAUACAAAUUUGUCUGGUUUCACCUUCGAGCCAUUGGUUCUUGUUAGGCUUUGCUCGCGCGAUCCAAAAGCAACCCAUGGCCGCGGUGCCUUGUACCCUUCAUUACAACUAGCCCAGGAGCUCCAUAAAUCCCUCUCUCAAAGGCUUUUCCUCCAGCCUGUUAUGCCUGCACCUUCUGCUCUAUCUCCACUUUUCCAUGUUGAGGAUAUCGGGUGUCUUAACAGUGCGCGCAAAGCACGAACAAUUCAUUGGGAUUGAGCACUGGGGCAGCGAGUGCUGACUGUAGGCAACCACCAGCUUCAAGCUUGGUGAUUAAUUCACCCAGAUGAUGAAGUCUGAUGAGGAGGAGAAGCCUCACAAGUCUUAUUAGGAGGAAAUUCUGUUAGGAAAUUCCGCUGUAAGAUUUUUAGCCCUUUAAAAUUCUGCCUCGCAGGAAGAAGUGUUCUGCCCCAUCCUCUCCAAUGUUUUUAGGAUUUGUAUUUUUGUCCAUGAAAAUGUUCAGUUUUAGAAAGCAGUUUUUAAGUAAGCAAAGUAAUUGUCGUUAAAGGAAUUAGCUUGUUUAAAUUAACUCACUGAUUAACAAAGAGCUAAACGUGAUUUAGACAACGGGUAUGAAACUGAGAGAUAUCCUCAGAGAAAUUAGGAAAAGCAUCUGACAACCUCAACUGCUUUCAUCCAAACCGGUCCAAGUGAUGCAGGUAAUCAAGCACGCCAGCAAAAAUAACACAUUUUCUUAAUGGAUAUUCUAGGGAUAAACCUCCAGUCUUUACCAGGGCUGCUGGAGUGUAGGAGUGGCAGUGGUGUAGGCAGUGGGAUGAGCGGGGUGGCUGCUGCAGGAGGCUGUAGGGUUUGUUUUGCUGUUGGGCUGAGCGCAUGGGGCCACGUCUGCUGAGUGAAUACAUUCACAUUUACUUCUUAUUUCAUCCCCCCCCCCCCCUUUUUUUUUUUAAUUUAAAAUUGCUAGAGUGAUGUCCUGGAGGGCUAUGGCCAAAAUCCUCCAUCCCGGAGACUUUCAAUGCUUGAAUGGACAAGACCCUGAGGAACCUGAUCUGAAUUCCAAGUUAGCUCUGUCCAGCACAGGGGGUACAACACAGACUCCCCCAGGGCUGAAAACUCAAAGCCUUUCCUGUGUUCUUUGACUUCAUUUUCAGUUUGUCUGGCUUUGGAAACCCAGAUUUCAUGGGGAAGUGGGCACAGCAGUGAAAGAAGUGAGCAAGUUGUAUGCGGCAUUGGUCACUGUGAGCGGCAUGGGAUGCUCAAAAGGACCCUGUCUGGGGUAGGAGAUGUAGGCAAUGCGAAAUCCCAGACAGGCUGCAAAUAGUGAACUUGCUUGACACGUCAACGAUACCAGGGGACUGGGGUUGGCUGACCUAUCCCUCACAUGGGGUAAGUAUGAAGCGGCUGUUGAGGGAUGCAGCAUGGGUGGACCAGGCUGUGUGUGACGAGGCCCUGAGGUUAUUCAUGUCCUCCAGGAAACUCAAGAGAUGGGUUGCCCUGUGAAGGGUGUUGGUCACUGCUGUGCUGGGACAGUGUCUGGAUUUUCCUCCAAAAUGACCAGAAAUCUCUGAAGGGUUGGUAAUUGGAGGAGUUUGAUGUAGGAGCUGAACAAACAGGGCAGGGGAGCACCCAGGGCAGCUGAUUUCUUAUGGUGUGUAAAUGCACAGCCCAAUGGUGUGGCCAGGAGGGGUUUGGGGCCACCAACCCCAUCCUCCCCACUUGCUCCCUUCACUCCCAAUUCCAUGGCCAGGUUUUCCUGCCGCAGCAGCUUUCUGCAAACUGUAAAUGUCAGUUUCAGAUGGCAGUGACCUGGCUGUAAGGACUUUUCCCAUUUAUUGAGUGAGCAGAAACAAUUCCGUAAAUACAGGCAGGACCAACUGCGAGGCACAGUGUGGCAUACUGCAUACACAAAAUGUGCCAAGUCGGGGUGCCUUACCCAGCUUGUGCUGCUGCAUUGGUUUUUCAUGUCCACUCUUUUUUAUCCCCUCUCUGAACUAAAUGGUGCUAAUCUUUUCAAUUCCACCUCCUACAGAAAUCUUCCCAGGCCCCUAAUCAUUUUCAUUGAUCUGCUGCCUAAGACUUUCAGUCCUUGUGCUGUCUGUUUGAGAAGGAGUGAUCAGAACUGUGAGUUCAUAAUAGGAACAGCGAUGAGAUUUAUAUCAGAUAUUAUCAUACAUGUAAAUAUAUCAAAUCAUUAACUCAGCUCUAAUUUUAGCAGUUAGCUGUUGCAGUGAUGACUGUUGUGGAAAUAUAAUAGAUACAAGCCCUAGGUAAGUCAUGGGGUAACACCCCUCUCCACUUACCCCAUGCUUUUGCCCAACUCAUGGCCUUACAGUGGAGAAGAGAACCAUGCAGCUCUGUGAAAACUGACUUGAAUACCUCCAAGGAGGAUGCCUGGGUUAUGAUGUGACAUUCUUACACAAACAGCUUUCCAUGUCUUCUUCCAUCUGGAUGGAAGAAUUCAGUCUCAGAAAGGGUGGGGAUGCACUGGCACAGGCCCAGGGAGGUGCUGGGGUCACCAUCCCUGGAGGCCUUCAAGGAAAGUGUAGAUGAUGGUAGAUGUCGUACCCAGGGACAUGGCUUGGUGGGCAAUAUUGGUGGUAGGUGGACGGUUGGUCUGGAUGAUCUCAGCGAUCUUUUUCAGCCUUAAUGAUUCCAUGAUUCUGAGUUUUAAUGGCUCCUCUGAACACCUAUCUGGACUUGCUCUUCCUCCAUGGAUCGCUGCAUUGCAUCAUCCUGAGAAAGCAUCUUGUUUCUUUACUCUCCUGCUGGUCCUCCAACUUCAAGUGCUUUUUUUGGGCAGUAACUUUGCACUCGGAACAAACUGCCAUCACCACAAAUGGAGGCAGGAGGUGGGUGACCCACAGCUUGGUAGCUUGUAUCCACCUGGCUCCAAACCUGGCAUCUGGGAAAGGGCUGGAUGCCUGAUGGUGCAGGGCCCCUCUUGCUUUGGGAUUUCCCCACAGUGUCUCUGCUCUAUUCAGGUAUGCAUCCUUUUCUGUACCCUCCUGCCAAGGGAUGGCAUCGCUAGCCCUAACCCUGGCUGAAGGCACCCUUGUGUUUGCUUUACCCCCCUCUCCAUUCCCCUGUCCUAUGUGAGCCAUGGGCCACCACAUGAAAUCAUAGAGGGGUGAGGUGGGAAGAGACCUUAAGAACCUUACAGGAAUGCUUUUCCUCUCUGGGUUUGCCAUGGCCAAGCAGAGUGGAGGAGCACAGGGCUGAGAGCCCUUGGCACAGCUGAGGGUCAGAGGCACUGCUGGCCCCAGGGAGUUCCAAGCCAUCAGGGAGCCAUGCGUGGCCUGUUUUGACAUUUCCUCUUGCCAGAUAAUCGUCUGAGGGGUAAUUGGCUGUAAUAGCUGCUCAGGGGUUUAAUUGCGUCCCCCCCUCACCUCCCACCCCAAGACACGUGCAGUAAGCAAAAGGGUCACCGGGAGCAUUCCCAUCCUGCAGGCUGCAGCUCCUCUCAAUUAUGCCUUCAAAGGGCUCCCAGGAGCUUUGCAGCCUGCUCCGUCCCCAGAACAAUUCCCUCCGCAUUGAAAAUUAGACUCUUAUCACUGCUGUCAAAGAGGCUGCCUCUGCCCUCCUGUGCCUCCGGUAUGCCAGCUCUCUCCAGCAAAGUGCCCCAGUGCCCCAGUGCCCUUCUGUCCCCUCUCCUUGCCUUGCAUGUGACCUGCCAGAUCAGAGGGAUCUUGAUCGGCCCCUUUGCAAAUUGCUUUUCCACUGACUAAUUAAAAUGCUGAUGAGAUAAGUCAACAUAUUAUUAAUAAUUAUUGUAUCGUCUACUUUGAUUUACAAAGUCAAACAGGAAAUGAUUUUGUUCAGGCACAGGAUAUCUAAAGAGCUUGAGGGAUGCCUUGCAAAAGCUAAUUAUAACGGGAGAACCUUGAGCACUGGGGAAAGGCCCCCAUACUGCCCCUGACCCCGCAGUCCCACCCCACAGCCCUCCCCAGAUGUGAGCUCCAUGCUGGCUUUGCACAGUACUGUCCCUUUUCUCUGAGCUCACCCUGCUCAAACCAUGCAUGUGCACCUGACAUUUCAACACCAUAUGGGGUCUCAGCUGCCUCCCUGGAGCCCUACAAGACAUUGGGACUCUGUCAUCUACCCAUGGUCUCCUGUCCUUACUCACUUUGGUGUCCUUGUGUCGUUUCCAUGAGUAACUUCCAAUCCAGAGCCUUUCUACCAGCAUGUUACAGCUGUGACGAAACCCAUUUUCUUUAAAAAGGAAAGUGUAGGUGUGGAACGUUGCAAGGCAAAGAUUUAAGCUAGUAAUUGAGAUAAAAGCUCAUCUCCCAGUGCUUGUUCAGUGAACGCUGUGUUAUUGCUAAUUCCCCAGACGAUGGUCACUACCAGGAGUUAAUCACCAGCAGUGAAGCUCAGAGUAGUUAGCUGCCAAACAAAUCCCUCCUCAGCCAUAGCAAUGACUGAUUUCAGGGGAUUAUCUCCAUUAACGCUCCCCAUCUAAUGAUUUAUAGCUGCAAUAAUGUCUUUCUCUAUUUUCUCUCCUGGUGACAGCAGUGUGAGGGCCUUGGUAGCUCCUGGUAAACGCCACAGCAAGCUCAGAGCUUGCUUUUGGACAAGGGAAAGUGCUGGAACUCCUGGUGGCAGCAAAAGGUUUGCAGUGCCAGGAAGACUCUACAACCCUCCCCAAAGCCAUUCCAGGGCCAUGAGGGCAUUGUCCCUUGGACUCCAUGGCCAACGCAUGGGCACUGUGGGGUGGCAAGAGGCUGAAUCCCCCUUUGGGAAUGCAGUCCCUCCUUGCUUGUUCCCCUCUACUUAUCCUCCCCCUCAUUCUGCCACGUUGCAGAGGCCCUGGGAGACUUCUAAGUCCUUGCUCAGCUGCCCAGAUAUCUGCUGUUUGCAUCUUUUCCCUUUCAUAAUCUGGCUUUUUUUUUUUUUUAUAUAACUCGUGUUGACUUUAAUUUAAACUAUUAGGCAAGCCCCUGCAUACAGAUGUGGUUGUGUUCCCACCCCCAGCACACACACAUACGUGUGCUCACCACGUUAAUUAUGAUGUCCUCAUUUCCGUCUCGCUGGGGGAUCUUAUCACAGUGAUGGGGCCAGGCUAAGCUUCCUUUCAGAAAAGACAUUUCAAACUGGCAGCCUCUGGGAAAAUGUGCCUGUGGCAUCUGAGCCGCUGGUGUACGUGGCCCAGCCUUCCUCUGUGUGUUUCCUCUGCUGGCAGAGCACUUCCCUGUGCCAAUGGCAUAGGCACGGUGUUCCAGUCCAGCUCAAACUGGGAUCCCAUGAUGGUUCCAGCUCCAGCAUCACUGCAUGACACACCAUGGUGAUGAACUGGGUGAAAAGAAACAUGAGAAGGUUCAACGAGGGUGAGUGUAGAGUCCUACACCUGGGGAUGAAAAACUGCAUGUAUCAGUACAGGGGGCUGUGCUGCUGGAAAGGAGUUCUAUUGGGAAGGUAUGGCUGUCCUGGUGGCCAAGAAAGCCAGUGGUGUCCGGUUGACCAAUGGUUGACCAGCAGUUGACCAGCAGUUGUCCAAAAGGGUGGUCAUCAGCCAGCAGUGUGCUCUGGUGGCCAAGAAGGCCAAUGGUGUCCUAGUUGACCAAUGAUUGACCAACAGUUUACCAACAGGGUGACCACGAGCCAUCAUUGUGCCCUGGUGGCCAAUGAUAUCCUGGGGUGCACGGCACAGAGCGUGGCCAGCAGGGUGAGGGAGGUUCUCCGUCCCUCUGCACUGCGCUGGGGAGGCCACAUCCAGAGCUCUGGGCCCAGUGCUGGGCUGCCCAGUUCAAGGCAGGCAGGGAACUGCUGGGGAGAGCCCAGGAGAGGGCUACAGAGAGGACUGGGGCCUGGAGUGUACAGUAACCUCUUCUUAUAUUGCAGGUACUGCUGGAGUGCUCUGAGCAGCACUGUGUUUGCCAAGGGAAGCCAGCUGUGCAAUGCAGGGAGCACCCCCACUGCUGCUCCCAGCAACACCCCCCAUGCCUCCUCCCCUACAUGGUUCUGCCUCAUUUCCCAGUGGACUCAGCAGGGAAAAGACAGGAAACAGAUGUUGUGUUAAUUUGUGCUCUAUUAAUUGUGACGAGGACUUCCACACCCUCUGCAGUGCUGUGGCGUGUGCACACAUCAGUGUGGGAGUGGGGCCAUGACAGGAUGGGGGUCAUUUCUGGGUGAAAUUCAGGCCCAGCAUUUCUGAACAAACAUGGGCAUUUCUGGAAUGUAGGAGGUGAUUUUUUAAAAAGAACCAGAAAUGCUUUUUUCCCCCGCGGUGGCUUGACUUUCACAGCCUUUGCCAGCAUAUUCCCCUCUGAAUGAGCUUUUGUUGAAGUCCACACCUGGUGCUGCUGCCUUUUCCAGGCUGCUUUGAGCUUGUAGGAGGGAGAAGUGGAGUUUUGUCCUAAAGGUGAGAUGCUAGGGGAGUUCUGAAGACAUACAUCACUGAAGUGGCUGCUCUGAUCACUCCUAGCACUUGCAGAAGGCACCAGAAGCCCUACUCCAUGGGAGACACAGGUCAAGGAGGUUAAAUGAGGAAGGACUUUUCUAUCUGAGAAAGGAGAAAGGAGCAGUCUUCUUUAAAGAUGUUGCUGAUGACGUACUUGUGCUGCUGCUGGGAAGGACUUGGGCUGAAGAGGUGGUGGGAAGCCCCCAGAGAAGGGAAGUGGGAUUCCAUCAAUGAAAUGGAUGAGUUUUUCAGCCCUAUCCACACCUACCAGGUCUGUAACGUCAUGACCCCCAACCAGAACAACUGGCUACGAACCAACUGGGUUCAGCGGGACGGUGCGCGGCGGGUCUACGCCGAGAUCAAAUUCACACUGCGGGACUGUAACAGCAUGCCAGGUGUGCUGGGCACCUGCAAGGAGACUUUCAACCUCUACUACCUUGAGUCUGACCGUGACCUGGGUACCAGCACCCGUGAGAGCCAGUUUAUGAAGAUUGACACCAUUGCGGCCGAUGAGAGCUUCACCAACGUGGACCUGGGGGUCAGGCGCCUGAAACUGAACACAGAAGUGAGGGGUGUGGGGCCCUUGAGCAAGAGGGGUUUCUACUUGGCCUUCCAGGACAUAGGUGCUUGCAUCGCCAUUGUUUCAGUGCGGGUGUACUACAAGAAGUGCCCGGCAAUGGUGAGGAAUUUGGCAUCCUUCUCCGAGGCCGUGACAGGGGCAGACUCGUCCUCCUUGGUGGAAGUGCGGGGAGAGUGUGUGGGCCAUUCAGAGGAGAGGGACACCCCCAAAAUGUACUGCAGUGCAGAGGGAGAAUGGUUGGUGCCCAUCGGGAAGUGCGUGUGCAGUGCUGGCUAUGAAGAGCAGCGGGAUUCCUGCAUGGCAUGCCAGCUGGGCUUCUACAAGUCGGACCCCGGGGACCAGCUGUGUGCCAAGUGCCCCCCGCACAGCCAUUCGGAGAGCCGGGCAGCCCGCGUGUGCCGCUGUGACAGCAGCUUCUACCGAGCAGUGCAGGACCCCCCCUCGGCCGCCUGCACACGCCCCCCCUCUGCUCCAGUGAACCUGGUCUCCAGUGUUAAUGGCACCUCGGUGACACUGGAGUGGGGCCCUCCCUUGGACAAGGGGGGACGCAGUGAUGUGGUGUACAACGUGCAGUGCCGGCGCUGCGGGGCGGACGCGGGGCAAUGCGAGGCGUGCGGCGGUGGGAUCCGCUUCGUCCCCCAGCAGAUGAGCCUGGUGCAGGGAGCACUGACCGUCACCAACCUCCUGGCCCACACCAACUACUCCUUCUGGGUGGAGGCUGUCAACGGGGUGUCAGACCUCAGCGUGGAGGCCAGGAGAGCCGCCGUGGCCAACAUCACAACCAACCAGGCAGCCCCAUCGCAGGUGGUGGCCGUCCGCCAUGAGAGCACGGGUCAGAACAGUGUCACCUUGCUGUGGCAGGAGCCAGACCAGCCCAAUGGCAUCAUCCUGGAGUAUGAGAUCAAGUACUACGAGAAGGACAAGGAAAUGCAGAGCUAUUCGACCCUGAAAUCCAAGGGCACCGCUGCCACCAUCUCUGGGCUCAAGCCUGCCACCCGAUACAUCUUCCAGGUUCGAGCCCGAACCUCUGCAGGAUGUGGGAGGUUCAGUCAGACCGUGGAGGUGGAAACGGGGAAGCCAGUCUCCCUCCGCUAUGACACAAUGACCAUUGUCUGGAUCUGCUUGACACUCAUCACUGGCCUUGUUGCGUUGCUGGUGGUCUUAAUCUGCAAGAAGAGGCACUGUGGGUACAGCAAGGCAUUCCAGGACUCCGAUGAGGAGAAGAUGCAUUAUCAGAACGGGCAAGUGAAGUUCCCCGAGUCAAAGUUCUACGUGGAUCCCCACACGUACGAAGACCCCUGCCAAGCUGUGCAUGAGUUCACCCGUGAAAUUGAAGCUUCCCGGAUCAAGAUUGAGAAGGUCAUUGGGUCUGGAGAGUCUGGAGAGGUGUGCUAUGGUCGCCUGAAGCUGCCAGGGAAGAGGGAGAUCCCCGUGGCCAUCAAGGCUCUGAAGGCAGGCUACACGGAGAAGCAGAGACGCGACUUCCUGAGCGAAGCCAGCAUCAUGGCUCAGUUCGACCACCCCAAUGUCAUCCACCUGGAGGGGGUGGUGACCAGGAGCAAAUUGGUCAUGAUUGUUACUGAGUACAUGGAGAACGGCUCACUAGACACCUUUCUCAGGAAGCACGAUGGGCAGUUCACCAUCAUCCAGCUGGUGGGCAUGUUGCGCGGCAUCGGAGCGGGCAUGAGAUACCUAUCUGACCUGGGUUACGUGCACCGAGACCUGGCUGCCCGCAACAUCCUGGUCAACAGCAACCUGGUCUGCAAAGUGUCUGACUUCGGCCUCUCCCGCAUCCUCGAGGAUGACCCCGACGCUGCGUACACCACCACGGGGGGCAAGAUCCCCAUUCGCUGGACAGCUCCAGAGGCCAUCGCGUACCGCAAGUUCUCCUCCGCCAGCGAUGUGUGGAGUUACGGCAUCGUCAUGUGGGAGGUGUUGGCCUACGGCGAGCGUCCCUACUGGAACAUGACCAACCGGGAUGUCAUUAACUCAGUGGAGGAAGGCUACCGCCUGCCAGCCCCGAUGGGCUGCCCCACAGCCCUGCACCAGCUGAUGCUGGACUGCUGGCAGAAGGACCGCAGCGAGAGGCCUCGCUUCUCCCAGAUCGUUGGCAUUCUGGACAAACUCAUCCGCAACCCCGACAACCUGAAGUGCACUGCCACCGUGAGCCGGUUCACCCAGACGCCCUUCAACAGGACUCUCCUCGACUUCUCCUCCUGCCUCACUGUGGAGGACUGGCUGGACUCCAUCCGGCUGGGGCACUACCGGGACAACUUUGCCAUGGCAGGGUACUCCUCCCUGGGCAUGGUGAUGAGCAUGAACAUUGAGGAUGUUCGGAGUCUGGGCAUCACCAUGAUGGGCCACCAGAAGAAGAUCUUGAGCAGCAUCCAGGCCAUGCGCUCCCAGCUGCUGAACACAAAUGGCCCCAGGAGACACCUCUGAUCACCAGCUCUGCAGACCCACACCAUACAUUCCUUAACACUUUCUUUGGCGCAGGGGGGGGAUGAGUGGGAACAGGGCACCAGACCAGGAUCUGGAACUCCUCCAGCUUCUCUUUGAUUUGGGCUUCGAUGGAAAUAUGGCUUUCCAGGUACCUCGACAAUCCUGCUGCCUCCUUCCCCCAUCUGAAGCCAAGAGGAAGGAGUAGCAAACAAAACAGCAAUACCAGGACCUACAGGACCAAGCUUGUCAUAGGCCACAGCUCCUUUGGAUCUGAUACGAGGGGAGUCUGUUGGAUCUCUGAACUGAGGAGGGUCCCACAGACUGCCACACUGCAGAGGUAACCCUGCUCCCAGUACCUCACAGUGCUCCAGCCUGGAACAGCCUGCAGGUGACUUCAUGGGCCACCUGCACUAAGCCCAGGAGAGCUGGGGACAGAGUGCCAGCCUGCAGCACUAGGGACUGCUGGCAGUGCUAGCGACUACUGGCAGGCUCCCCAUGCUCUCUCCACCUGGGGAAGGAGGGGACCAGGGUUUUCUACCUGGAUCCUCAAAAGCCCCAUGUCCUGCAGGAGUCUCCACCUCUUGAACACACCAGCACUGCUCCUGUCUGGACACAGCACAAGUGUUCCAGGGCAGCCUGGACUUGUUUUCUAGGGCCACAUGCUCAGGUUUCUCUCCUGGCAGAACUGCCAUAUCCUGUCCUUUGGUCUCCCCCAGCUGCACCACAGCAGAGUGGGAGAAUUUUCUCCCAUCUCAUGUGACUGGAGCUGGAGAGACUUCUACCAAACUUUGUUCUUAUAUCGCCCUAGAGGAGCCCAAGAGCUGCCGGAUUACCAUACAGCCGGCCCACAUCUGGGGCUGCCGUGUUAUCUGCAGAGUGUGGAUCCUGAGCAAUAUUUUCAGCUGCAGCCACACAGUCCAUGUCACACAAGGCUGGCAGGAUCUCCAGCACUACCCAACUGGUGAGCCCAAUGAUGGGCAGCUGACCUUUCCUCCUGAGCUCUUCUCCAUCCUCCAUAGGAGCAUCUCUUCUGACAAUCUUGCCUGGCAUGGGGCAAUGGCUUCUGGAGACAUGCAGAGCUGUUCAAGAGGUUGAGGUGGAUGCAGUUGUGCGGAGGUGCCAGGAGGGUGAGCAGGCUGUGGGCUGGGAAGGUUAUGCCUGGUUGUAAAUACAAUUUUAUAUGGGUUUGGGGACUGUUCUACUGAAAUCCAAUGUCAAGUACACAACAUUUUCUCAAAGCACAGAAGCCUCAAACGUGGGGCUGAACUCACUGCAAAAAAAGACUCUGCUGGGAGCACAGCUGGGGAGGGGAGCAACACUGGAGGGGACGCACUGUCUGUGGGACCCACAGCAUCUUGUCUGUAGCACUUGCACAGUAAAUCCAGCAUCACUCCAGUAAAAAUGCUGGUGGGAUCUGGCCCAGCGUGUUUCUCUCAGUGCUAUUUGGGCACAAAGAGGGUGGGGGGAGGGUUAAAGCCAUUUCCCAGCUGCAAUAAUCCUGGAUGAACUGGCCCUGUUGGGGCUAGCUUAGCUUUCUAUCCUGGGCACUUACAUCCUGAUGAAUUCUCUGACUGUGGCGGGCACUUUACUUCUUCCUAUGGAAGCUCUUUGUAACGGGGGACAGUUGCAAUGUGUUGUUUAAUUUGUAUUGCACCUUAUGUCCUACACUCAGACCUGUCACGCAUCCACCCUGCAGUCAGUGUAAUGAUGGAGCUCAGCCCAAGCCCUGCAAAAUGGGGCUGUCCAUGUCCUCUCUUCCCAAUGAUGGGAUUCCCUUGUGGGUCAGUCUGUCAUAGACAAAUUGCCCUUGUACCCAGGGAGAACAAAGGACAGGCCUGUGCCUUUUGGGCUCACGGAGGUUGGGUGCUCCUGGCCCCAUGGCCUUGGGGUUUGACAGUGGUGGAGUCUGGGAGCUACCAGAUGGCUCCUUUCCAGGUGGCUCAUGGGUCAGACCCUUCAGCACGGUGGGGUUGGACAGUUCCUGCCCCAAGGCCCGAAGACGCACAGACAUUGGCCAGGGGUGGGGAUGGCGAGACAGGGUUUGCCUUUUAUAUUCAGACUGUGCACCUCCUCCUGAACAAUAAAACUCCUUCUUCCCAUG